AUGGCGGAGGAAGAAUGGUCUGCCGCUGUAAUCAACAAUCCACAAUCUGGAUCUGGAUGGACUGAAGAAAGUGAUGAUGAUGACGUUGACCCUGUUUUGGACCAAGAGUUCUAUCGCCAACUUCGCGAUUCCGAUGGUUUUGAUGUUGAGAUAUGUAAUCCGAAUAGUUCAAUCCGUAUGUAUAAAUGUGCCAACAAUGAGGAGGACCGUCGUGAUGACAUUGUUGGCAUUUGUGCUAGAGUCGGACUCCAUUGGUACAAUCUUCACAAGGGCUCAAACCUUAAGUUGAUGCACGUAAAGAAAUAUACUUCUAAGUUCUGUGCGCUCAUGACUUACCAUAUAACUGCGGAGGCUUUUGAUCCAGCCAACGAUUCACGUUUCACUUUCCAGACACGUGUUACAAGCGCUACAUGUAGGUACGACGAAGAUAUGAAGAUUCUGACUGAAGUUUGUAGAAUUAAACCCAAAAUUCAAGGUACUGGAGAUGAAACAAAGCGAUGGGAUGACGAAGCAAUAGAUGAUUUCUACAAAGGCGAUCUACCUAAGUUGGUUCCGGAUGAUGCGUUGAUGUCAUCCACUGAGCAUGAUCAGUUUUACGAGUUGCAAGAAUCAGAUAUCCGAGAACACAUCAACUGGCUUAAUCUGUAUACUGAAAUUGCUUAUUUCUCGCUGUGGGAAGGAGACAUGAGGAGUGUGUCGUGUGUGCCUCUGCAAAUAAACAAGGUCAUUGUACACACCCGAGAAGCUUUGGAGUCAAAGGACAAGCUCAAGGCUGGGAAUGCCAUCUUCUACAUUAGUUUCAGAGAUGUGGAUCCUCUUCAUGGUCCACCUCAAGAUCACAGAGCCAUUGUAAGAAGAACCGUCGAUGGGAUACCAGGACACUUUUGUCUUGAGUUUAAGUGUUGGCUCGAGGAUCUGUGA